UCGUCCUUGGUCCUUGCCGUCGACGCACCUCGAAUCCCAAGGAUCAUUUAUUUAUUGUUGACUACAUCAUGUAGCCUAGUCUACGUUGGAGAGAGAGAUGAAGAACUCAUUACAUCAACCAGCUGACCACAAAGGUCGUAAAGUCAAGACAGGCUGUCGGACCUGUAAGCUUCGCAAAGUAAAAUGUGACGAGUCACGACCUGCGUGCCAUCGUUGUGUCUCGACUGGGAGAAUCUGUGAAGGCUAUGGCAUAUGGGGUGGAGGCACCUCCUUAGAUGACUCAACCUCAUCCGCCCUUCCUCUGGUUCAACGAAAGACGCAAGGUCCACCACGAGAUCGGAUCUUUCUCGACACCCGGACACUGCGAUCACUUCCCCUCCAUGUCGUCACCGCAGACGAGCAGAUCGGCAUGGAGUGGUUCAUGUCCAGGACCAUCUUCAAACUACCAGGCGCCUUUGAGACCGCAUUUUGGACGGUUCUUCUGCCUCAGGCCUGCGUAUCGGAGCCAGCUGUGCUACACGCCACUCUCUCCCUCGCCUCGAUCCACAAAAGGCAGGCGCUUGGUUUGAAGCCUGGUGCUGUGUCUGCUGGCCAUGUCGGGUCCGAUCUUUUUGCGCUUCGACAGUAUACGCGUGCCAUGACCGAUCUUCGCCAUCGAAUUGGCGAUGACAGUCGGCGCUCCGCAGACGUGGCGCUCAUCACAUGUGCGGCUUUUGUUCAAUUAGAGUACUUGAGAGGCUGCUACCAAGCUGCAUUAACCCACCUUCGACACGGCCUUACCGUGUUGGAAAUGAAUUUGCGCAGAGAACCAAAGCGUAUGGCAUCGCAAUUUCUAGUCAACGAAUGGAUCAUCCGGAUCUUCUGUACGAUGACAAUUCAAGCGAAGCUGUUCGGCCAGGACGUCUGCCGACCAGAACUGUUUCUCCUCCUUUCAGAGCAGCUAAACCCUCCAGACCGUGUCUUCCAAUCCGUGAACGAAGCAAGACGAAGCCUUGAAGCGAUAUUCCUCCGAAUCAUGUACCAGAACAGCAGAUCUGCGGCGGGCGCAAGCUACCCGGGGACUACCGACUCCUCUCCGUCAAGCGACUCUUCCGCGGCCUGUGCUGACUCUAUCAACAAUGAUCUGGAGUUAUGGCUUCAAGUGUGGCAGAGAGGGCCAGGUACUUGUGAAAAGCCAGACGUUCUGUCCCCAGCCAUAAAAUUGGACAGGUUUGCAAGGAAAUUAUUGCCCAUUUAUCACUCCUUGGCCUGCGUGCUGCAUCUGAGGACUGCCACGCUGGAUGCUGUCAAUGGCAACCAAGACUUUUCUUCUAUGUCUUCAUUGUCAGAUGGAUGGUGCAACGCUGGAGAGAAGUCCCGGUGUGGUUCUAACUCUGGUACUGAGACGCCUGAUUCGACGCGAGCGGAGGACCCUAUCACAACCGCCUUCCGAUCCUUAAUCACCGAUUGCGAGAUGUUAUUCAAAAUGGCGACGAGUCCGACAGCUCAGGCAAGUCGAAUCAACCAAUAUGACGACAUCGUUGCAGAUGCCUCCCAGGCUAUAGCAGAUAUUGGAUGGAUCCCAAUCCUCUACAGCAUCUCAAUGUACUGUCAUGACCCAAUCAUCCGAAACAGAGCCAUAGAGAUGUUUCGGUUCAUUCCUCACAGAGAAGGAAUCUGGGAUUCUUCAAUCGCCGUCAUAAUCGCUGAAAAGGUCUUGGAAAUCGAGCAUGAGAGGUCGAAAUUCCCAGGAUCAAUAGUUCUGGACCCAGCGAGUUUGCAGAUCGAGUUGCCCGACAGUCCCAGUGGCCAAUUGGUUCUCCGUUGUAUUGAUCAAGAGGCUCGGCGGAGGGAUCCGAGGGCGCCUGAAGAACAAUAUAUUUAUGCUAUGGACCUGAAUCGAUGGCUAGAACGAGGAUCCUUGAGCGGGCCCCAUCUUCAUUUCACCAAAGAGACUGGCGAAACCCACCGCUCCCCAACAAGCUCAGAUAUAGUCUGUCAUGGAUGGACGCAAAGAUGA